AUGAGCUUUUAGCUAAAAAAACACUUUUCUUUGAAAAUCAAUGGAGAACACCCUUCAUUUGAUAGCAAAAUAUCAGCUUCUUAGAAGGACUUUUGGGCAGAUGAAAAGUAGAUUUUUUUAGCUUUUCAGCCAAAAAGUGCUUUUGGGUUGGUUACUUUGCCUUUUUAGCCACACGACGCUGGUUCUCUCUGCUGCUACACUGCUCUCUACUCUUUGCUCUUUGCUGGUUCCCUCUGCUGCGCUACGCUGGUUCUUUGCCCUCAUCUUUGCCCUCUGCUUUGUUCUGCCCUCUGCUGAUGAGCACUUCGGCGAUUGAAGUUAGUGAUGAAAAAGUGAAAUCAAUGUGGGAUAAGAGAUUGACAGACAUGUUUUGUGAUAUUUGUAUUAAAGAGAUAUUAAAAGGCAAUAGGUUUGGUAUUCAUUUCACAAAAGUUGGAUGGUUGAAAAUAAUGACCAACUUUGAGAAUGAAAUGGGCAAGGGUUUUUCACAAAGACAACUUAAAAAUAGGUGGGAUGCCCUAAAAAAAGAAUGGAAAGCUUGGAAGAAACUUAAAGGCGAUGAUACUGGUUUAGGGUGGAAUCCUAUAAAAAGAAUCGUUGAUGCAUCAGAUGAAUGGUGGGAGAGUAGGCUCCAGGUUGUCCCUGAAGCUAAAAAAUUUAAAACAUCGGGAUUUGAUCCUGAAUUCGAAGGGAAGUUGGAUCAAAUGUUCAUGGGGAUAGUUGCAACAGGUGAUAAAGCAUGGGCACCUUCUUCUGGUACACUCUGUAGUGAUUUUUUUGAGGAUGUUAACAACGAAAUACCUGAAGAGAGUGAAGAAGAAAAUAUGAGAAAUGAUGUUCACAUUUCAAAUGAUGUUCAAUUUGAUGGAAACGGUCAAAAAAGAAAAAAUCCUGAGACGUCAAGUUCACAUUUCAAAACUGGAAGAAAGAAAUCCUCAAAGCAAAUUGGAGGGGCUACAAGAUUGUCCAGUCAAAUAGAAAAAUUAUGCAAUGUAGCUGACAAUAUGAGUCAAGCCACAUCUAGUUUGACUCCUGUUAUGGAUCCAUAUAGUAUUCCACAAGCAGUCAAAAUGCUUGACACAAUGUCGGAAGAAGUUCCAGAAGCUAGUCCGCUAUACUUUUUCGCACUUAGAUUAUUGCUCAAUAAGGACAAGCGAAUUAUGUUUUUAUCAAUUAAUCCCAAGAUUAGAGCUUUGUGGCUUAAGACGGAAAUGGAGGAUAGUUGGAAAUUUUCUGAUCUUCUAGGGUUCAAAGAUAUCUAUUUAUGUGUAAUCUUUUAGUUAUAAUGGCUUAAGUGAAGUAUAUUUUCAUCAGUAGUUAUUUAUGUUUAGUUUUUGGAUAUUGAAUUUAUGUUCUACUUAUUUAUGUAUAAUCUAGUUUUAUUAAUAGUUGUUUA